AGCUACACCGAGAUGAAGGGCGACUUGGAGGCUAUUGGGGCGCAUUGCCAGAUGGAGUACUGCAACGUGCUGGACUUCCUACCGUUCCGAUGCGAGAGUUGUCAUGGGAAAUUCUGUCUCGACCAUCGCACCGAAUACGCGCACAAGUGUCCUAAGGAAGGCGAAUGGGCAAGACAGAGAGCCAAGAACAACCAGGCCUCAUCGCUGUCUACCCCAAAACCGACCGUCUUCAACCACGACCAACAGUGUGCCGACCCGUCGUGCAAGACAUUGAUCGAUACCGCCCGCGCGCAAGGUGUACAUUGCGCACGAUGUAAUCGCAGAUACUGUCUGAAGCACCGCUUCGAAGAGGACCACGACUGCAAGAACCUCACGCCCAUCGGCGCGCGACCGCAAAACUACGUACAAGCGCGCACGCAAACAGCACUCACAAGACUGAAAGCAUGGGCAGAACAGAAGAAGAAGGACGACGAGAAGCGGAGAUCUGCCCCGAAGAAGACAGGUUUCUUGGGAAUAGGAAAGAGUUCAGCGUCGUCGGCGGCAGCUUCAGCGCAAGCUGAACUCAAUGCGCUGAAGCGGACAGCAAAGGGCGAAGCCAGCGUACCCCAAGAGAAGCGGAUAUACCUACAUGUCGAAGCAUCAGCCGAUACAACCAAGGCGAAAUACCCAACGGGAAAGUUCUUUUACAACAAGGAGUGGACCGUGGGGCGGGUGCUUGACAUGGCGGCCAAGUCACUGCAGGUACAAAACGUGAACAACCGCGGUGGCGGCGAGGAGGAAAAACUACGCGUUUUCCAUGUGGAAGGCGGACGACUGCUGAAGUUCAGCGAGAAGAUUGGCGAGCCGUGUACGUCUGGGAAUAUGAUUGUCCUUCUGCGAGGUGUAGGGUCAGGGGAGGCGCCUGACUUGAUCGAUUUAUAGAAGCAGCAAGUGUGGAAGCAUUACAUAGCAUGGCGUUUAGCGGCUGGUUUUUGCACUGGAGAUACCCAGGUGCUCAUGAUGGCACGAAUGAAUGAAUAGACGCGUGGUUACAUACCUCUCACAAUGCUGCUCGAGAUCUCAGAUGAACAUGCACGGCUGAACUGACAUGCCGCCACGGAGAGAGAUGCCCUUUGACCCGGUGAAUCCUUUAUAAUGCGACAGUCAUAGGUAUUCAGGCCAUCGAUGAACAAGAACGUGUA